UUUGGACCUAACCUAAACCCGGCCCAUUACACCGCUGACAGCAGCCUAAACCUGAAUACAGAGAGAGAGAGAGAGAGAUUGAAGGAUCAGUUAAGCGCAUGGAAAUUAUUUUGUUGGUGCAAUUUUCGAUUCUUAGUUUUUUAAUAGCAUCAUCAGGUGAUAGAGUAUGGAAGAUAUGAAUUCUGAUCAGGUAUUUGAAAUACCCGACACUCCCGAGAGAGCAGCUGCAAGGAGUAUAAAUGGUGCACAAUUCAGAAAAGAAAGUAUUUCGUCAGUUCCUGGUCGUCUAAGAAAGUCUGGCUUUGUGGAUGAAAAGAGUUUUAAUCCGCCGCGGACAAGCAGGGGUAGGAUUCUUAGUGAAAAUGGGCUCAACAGAAGACUUCAUUUGCAUCCUCAAAAUAGUCCCAUUAAUGUUGAUGAAUAUGAUUCUCCAAGUAAUUCUGCUUUGGAUUCCCAUCCCCACCAGAAUGCGCCUUUAUUUAGGAGGCCAGCAAUAGUUAAUAACUCCAGGCCUGAGAAUAGGCAUUCUAAAGGAGCACAGUAUAUGGAAAAAUCAAAAGCUAGCCGUGCUACAAAUUCCUCUAAAAAACCAUUUUGCAUGGAAGGUGAUGAUCUUUUUGAUUUAACUGAGAUGAGUGAGCCUGACAGAUUACUCGACAUUGUUUUUCCUCACAGUGCAUCAAAAGAUCUCCAAGCUAAAGAAACAAGAGAAGGUCAAUUAUCAUCUAAUGGUGGCUCUUCUGUACAGCUGGCUCCUCUUCCUUCAAGAAUAUCUGGCAGCACCUCUAAGGGGAAGGAAAAAAUAGAUGUGAAUACAUGUAAUGGUUCUGGUUCAGCUUCAAAUAAUGUGAAAGAGAUUGCUCGUGCUAGUGGUCAUCAACCCAAAAUCGAAAAGCAGCUUCCUGCUUGUCAUCUAUCUGUUACCUCACCAAGAGUUGGUGGGAAAAAGAGAUUAGUGCGAAAUGGAUGUAUUUCUCCACAUAAUAUAGCCACUAGAGCCCAAAAAUUAGCUGAAAGUUCCCAGGAUGGCUCCCCAGGUGACGAAAGAAAUCAUGCCAGGAACAAGUUGUCUGAUGGUCCACCUAACACAGAUCUUAGGGAAAUAGUUGCUGAAGACAAUGAUUGUUAUAGAGCUAAAGGAAAAAAGGCAAUAGUCCAUCCUUCUGCAUCAAAGGAGCAUGAUGCCAACAUGACCAGAAGUUCUGCGACUAAUAAUGAAGCAUCCCGUGAAUCCAGGGAUGGCCAUAGAGAUGCAUUAUUUGGUGGCUGGAGAAGUACACACAAAAGAUCCAAGACACAAGAUCAGCCACUGUCUUAUAUGGAACAGGGUAUUUUGGGAAGAGAUGAUCAUGCCAGAUGUUCUACAAAUGAACAACAUGAUGACAGAUCAGUGGAAAGAGAUAGUAGCAGUGGUGGAAAACUACAUCAUGUUGGGAAUCUAGUUGCUACGCAUGGAUUAACUUCAAGAAAUCAAGGUGAAUGCUCUACAAUGGUUCCUGAUGACACAGAAGUUUUGUUUCUUGGUUCAUCUCGGGAAUCAUCUAGCUCAAGGUCAUCUAGAGUAUACAAUCAUCAACAUGAUGGCAAUCUAGAACCAAUUUAUGAAAUUGAUGAGUUGUUGACUGAGGUGAGAAACAAUGAUCCUCAAUUAAUAGGUUCCAGAAGUAAUGAGGACUCAGAUGUUACGGCAAGGCAAGUGGAAGCUGAUGAGAUGUUGGCUCGGGAACUGCAAGAACGAUUAUAUCAUGAGGAACCAAUAUUUGGAGGUGGCGAGAUUGAUGAAAAUAUAGCAUGGGUCCUGCAGCAGGAGGAAGAUGCACUCCCAGCUACAUCUGGUCACAAUCAUCCUGUUCCACAUCUUAGAAACUCAUUAGUAGCACAUUCAUCAAGACAGCGCUUGCCUCGGUCCUCUCAGAACCCUUCAAAUAGGAGAGGAAACCAGGUUCAAGUUACUACUACCCGAGCAUCAGGCUUGAGGAGUCGCUUGUCCAACCGGACUCCUGUAAGAAUAUCAAGAGAGAGGAACCCCUUUCCCGCAGUAUUCCCUGGAGGGUUGAAUUUCCAAUUUCCUUUGGGAAUGGAUUUAGAGAUGAGACUUAAUAUAUUGGAAAAUUUAGAGGCCUCAAUGACAGCUACUCGCAUGCUUCAUGUUCAGCGUGAUUUUAAUGAGAAUGAUUAUGAAAUGCUGUUGGCCCUUGAUGAGAACAAUUCUCAACAUGGUGCAUCUGCCAAUCAAAUUAACUGCUUGCCAGAGUCUGUGGUACAGACUGAUAACUUUGGAGAGACCUGUGCUGUCUGCCUUGAAGCCCCAACUAUUGGAGAAAAAAUACGUCAUCUCCCUUGUUUACACAAAUUUCACAAAGAUUGUAUUGAUCCUUGGCUCAGCAGAAAAACAUCAUGCCCGAUUUGCAAAUCAUCUAUAACUUCUUGAUUUUGCACUAUUGAGUUUUGGUGCUUCAAUUAUGAUGAUGCCCCAUUUCAGGUCGAUAUGCUAUUGACCUUUAGGAAAGGUAAUGAUUAUACAUGUCUGUUUUUGCUAUUCUAACAGAAAUCGGUGCACUUGAAUUCUGGAGAAAACCUGUGCGUUCUUUCUUUUAUGAUGCAUUUUAUAUUGGAUCGCAUGUUGAUAUGUUGGGGGGUCAUCGGAAUUUUAAUGUGGAUGGUAUUUUUAAUAUAGAUGGUCUUCAGGAGGCUUCCUUCUGUUAUUUUGAAA